CAUGUUUCAAUGGACAUCAAUAGCACACAAAAUCAUCACUUCCAAAUCCACAUAUCCACCACACCAUGGCAACCACCACCACCACCAUCUUCUUAUCCCCAUCGGCCAUUCUCUCCACCACCACCACAACCACCACCCCACCCUCCCCAUGCAAGUCCCUCCUCCCCUUCAAACAGCCCUUAACGAACUUAACUGCCGCCGCCACCAUCGCCGCCAUUCUAACCACCGCACCACUGCCUUCCCUGGCGCAAGAGUUCCCCUCCUACCAAGUCUACUACGGCACUGCCGCCAGCGCCGCCAACUACGGCGGCUACGGCGGCAACUCCAACAAGAAGGACUCUGCUGAGUAUGUCUACGACGUCCCUGCUGGCUGGAAGGAACGCUUGGUGUCCAAGGUCGAAAAGGGUACUAACGGAACGGACAGUGAGUUCUACAACCCGAAGAAGAAGGCAGAGAAAGAGUACCUCACUUUUCUUGCUGGGUUUCGGCAACUUGCACCAAAAGAUGUGAUUUUGAACAACUUGGCACUCUCUGAUGUGGAUUUGCAGGACCUGAUAGCCAAUGCUGAUAGCUUGAGCUCUGAGGAGGUGAAAGAUGAUAAGGGGCAGCUGUAUUAUGUGUAUGAGAUUGAUGGGGUUGGCACUCAUAGCUUGAUCUCAGUUACUUGUGCCAAGAACAAGCUCUAUGCUCAUUUUGUCAAUGCCCCCACUCCAGAGUGGAACAGGGACAAGGACAUGCUGAGGCAUGUUCAUGAGUCUUUCAAGACUGUGGGGUCUUUUUAGUUGGAUUUUGGUGUUAAGCAUUUGGUAGAGGUAAUGAAUGAUGAAUGAUUGUAUAUUAUGAGGAUGAGGAUCUUUUGAUAAAUUUGAAAAUUUUACUAUCUGUCAUGUUUCUUGAUUUUUGGUGGGAUUUGCUUGAAGGCAUCAGUGUCUAAAAUGAGGUGUGUUGGGAAAAUUGAAGUAGCUCUUUGCAAGUCUAAGUUUUUGUGUGGUUUUUUGUUGAAUGUGAGUGUUUUUCUGCUUGUUCUUAGCUUAAAACAUUCAUUGAUGUUGUUUUUUAGUGGUUUUUGGUUGAAUUUGAAUAUUCCUCUGGAGUUGUAAUUAUUAUCUGUUCUAUGCAGAGGAUGGUUUGUUUUGA